AUGUUCACUACAAUUUUUAUUCUCCAUAAAACUGAUUAACAAUUAGAAGAAUAGUUGUAAACAGAAUUCAUUGAUUUUUUGAUCAAAUUCAACAAGAAAUAUUCAGGAACUGAAUUCCUCUAUAGAUUAGAAGUUUACAAGGCUAACCUUAAUGUAAUAAAAGCUAAAAAUUAAAUAAUCGAAAGAAAGAUUUUUGGAUUAACACAAUUCGCAGAUCUUACUGAUGAAGAGUUCAUUGAAACUUAUUUGAAUCUGAAGAUUGCAUAAACUUCUGAAAUUCUGUUUUUAAAAGAAUCUAUCAAAUUAAAUGGCAAUCCAAUCGACUGGAGAUCAAGAGGUGCAGUUAACGAGGUUUAGGACUAAGGCUAGUGUGGUUCCAGCGAUGUAUUUAGUUCUUUAGGAAGUGUGGAAGGAUUCUUCAAGAUAACAACUGGAGAAUUGCCAAGACUUUCUGCAUAAUAAAUAGUUGAUUGCUAAAGAGAUCGCUUUCCUGGAGGAUGCAAUGGUGGACUAUAUAAUUAAGCCCUAAAUUAUGUUAUAAAAAAUGGUGUAACAACAAAUGAUGAAUAUCCAUAUGUAUUACUUUAAUCUAAUCUUAGACUGGUUAUGAUUAGGGUUGCUCUAAAAAGGGAGGUCCCUAUAAAAUGAGUGGAUUUUCUAAAAUAGCCUAAAAUGAAGAAGCAUUUUUGAGUGCUAUGGAAAAAGGCCCACUUUAGGUAGCUGUUUAAGCAUCUAAUUGGAAGUAUUAUUAACCUACAGAAGAGGAUUACAUAUUCCCAUAUUCUGAAUGUAUAGGAUAAAGUGAAUCAUUCAGUCUUAGCUGUUGGUUACACAAAUGAAGCUGUCAUAAUCAAGAACUCUUGGUCAACCAAAUGGGGAUUGAAAGGAUAUAUAUACUUGGAAAAAGGAAUUAACGCAUGCUAAAUUUGGGAUGAUGCUAUUAUCCCUUUUUGA